UUUUUACAACAAAAAAAUGUUUUCAAAUAUUUUCCUAUUAAUUGUUUUUAGUAUUAAAUUAAUAGUUGUUUAUUCAGAAACUAUUGAACAACUAAUACCUGGAAACUACAAUAACUUUAAAAAUUUAACUAUAACACCAUUACAAUAUAUUGAUGGAUUUUUUUUUGAUCAAUUCAAUUGUAUUAGCGAACCGGGCAGUAGGCUAGACAUUGCUAAGCUAUUAAUGGCUGUUAACUUUGGCCUCAAUAUGACCUGCAAUGGUGUUGUUGUGGAAAACUAUAGAAACUUAGAUUAUCUACUAGUGCUGGGCAAUGGCGAUAUCGAUACACUACUAGUUGAUCAUAAAAAUGUUAUCAGCGUUACUAUUGAUGGCGAUCAAUAUCUACGUGAAGCUGGUAUUGUCCGAUCGGGUCUCUGUGCCGGUACCCGAAUCCAGGGUUGGUCUAUAUUUUUGCCGCCAUCGCCCGGCCAGUGUGUGGACAAACCGUUGACCAGUUUGAAGCCGCUGUUUGAGCGUUGGCAGCUGUCGGGCACUUGUCGGGCUAAGUGCAGUGGACAGUCGUUUUUUGCAUUUAAAGAUGGAUUGAAACCAUAA